UUUAUUAGCAUAUAAAUAAAAUAUAAUUAAAAUGGGAAAAAGAAAGCCAGAAUAUGAAAUUGAUGAAAAGCAAAUUGAUAAUGAUGAUAAUGAUGAACAUAAAGUACCUGGAUUAGGAAAAAUAAAUACACCUGAAGAGAUAGCAUAAAGAAGAAUAAUAAAGCUUAUAGGCGCAAAAGCAUAAGAUAAUGAAAAUAACGAAAGUUCAAAAACUAAAUUAAUUGCAAAAUUAGAUGAAGGAUAAUAAAAAGAAGAAAAAUAAUCAAAUGGUAAAUAAGGUUAAAACGGAGAUAAAAAGCUCUAAGAAUAAUCCGAAAAAUAGGAAUCUGAGAAAAAACAAACAGAAGAAAAACAAUAAAAGUCAAGUUUAUUUGGAAACAUAAAUAUAACACCUGGCUCUAGCUUGUUUAGUAAUAAUAAUAAUUCUAGUCCUUCUUUAUUUUCAGGAUCUUUAUUUUCAAAUAAUCCUCCUAAUACAGGUGCCUUAUUUUCUGGAGGUUUAUUUACUAAUAAUGGACAAAAUACUAAUAAUACAAGUAUUCCAAAUAUUUUUGCUACUGGCACAAAUGCAGGAGGUCUUUUUGGAAAUAUGCCAAUUAAUUAGUAAAUUACAGGAGGUCUUUUUGGAAAUUUAGCUGCAAAUAAUAAUAAUAACGAUUUGUUCGGAUAAAAAAAGAAAGAGGGCGGAUGCUCUGAUGAUGAUAACGGAGGUGAAGAUGAUGAUGAGCCUAAUACUGCAAGUCCAGAGCCUGAUGUUACUAAGGUAGAAAAUAAGUAUUAAUAUGAAGAACCAUUUGUUAAGCUAUUCGAAAAAAAUGUUACUAAAUUUAAAUUAAUGACAAAUGAUGUACUUGAUAAAGGUUUUGUUUCUAUUGAAAAAUUAAAAGAUAAUGAAUCGGCUCCUGUUACCUUUGUUUAUAGAAAUUAAAUAAAGAAAAUCAUUUAUUAAGCGAAUAUUUAUAAAGGAUUAAGCAAAGUUAGCAAAAUUGGCGAUAAUUUAAAAAAUAUAAAAGUUACCUGUAUUUCAUUUUCAGAAGAUAAAAAGCCUUAAGCUUAAAUUGUUAAACUUUAAUUUUAAGAAGAUAAUGAUGGAGAAGAAUUUAUUUAAGAAAUGGAAAAGCACAUUUGA